AUGCCCGGUCUCAACUUUACCUACGAGUACUUUUGCGAUUUUGUCCCUGUUUUAUCCCGGGAUUCCUCAUCGCCCACCAAUACCAGCAACCUCAACCCCCUUAUCCAUAGAGUCUUGACUCAUUACACUGGUUCCACUAUCUAUGGGGUCGGCGGGCACUCCGUCUUUAUAUCCAUAUCCGAAGAUCUGGCCCUCAAGGUUUCGUAUAGAGCGGGCGGAGAGCAUAUCCGUCAUGAGCAGUCCAUCUUCAAGCUCCUACAGGCCGAGCCCUGUCCGUACAUAGCUCAUUCUUACUUCUCCGCACCAGACAUCAUCUUUAUGGAGCUUGUAAAGAACGGCACACUUUACGACCGCAUGGGGCAGAAAGACAAACCACGCCUUAUCAUAAAGUGGAUGCAACAGCUCUGCGAGGCUGCGGUGGCUUUAGAGAACAUAGGAUACGCCCACGGAGACAUCAAUCCUCGAAACAUCCUAUUUGACGACCAGGAAAACGUUCGACUAGUUGAUUUCGAUCAUGCACUCAAGGUCGGGGAGAAAGUAGAAGUGGGUGAAGAGCCGUUGUGCGUCGCUACAGGGCCCACUAUGGAAUCGCAGGACCUUGUACGGAGCAGUUUGCUUUGGGAUCUGUGCUGUGGUACCUGA